GUGUCUGUCUCUGCCCUGGGUACGUACGUCGUAUUUUCCUCUCACUCUCCCUGAGCUGAGAGCCAUUGGAAAUAAACAAGACCAAGAGGGCCAUUGUGCCAUCAGCCGAAGUGGCUAGUGUAACGUUUAUCACCAGUGGAUGAAGAGAGAGGGGUAGCCUACCACCCCUAUCAAAGUUGGCAUCAAUAAAGCCCCAAGCUAACGUUAUGUAUUUACUUUAUAAAUAGUCCGGUUCAUUGUUAACUUUCUUUAGAGUCUAAACUAUUUCCCUUGGACCAGGCAAGGUUCCUCUCUGGCUCGUUCCCUCGCUGCAGAACACACACACACACACCUGGAGGUCACACCCACAGACCCAGGAACAGGCCGAUGGUCAUGUUCUGUCCCCACCACCCCCUCCCCAUGGCUGGUCCAUAAGCAGGAGCAACCACUCCACUCUGCACUCUCUGACGCCAGGAACACUCAACCACAGUCAACCGACCCCACCGACUGGUCUCAGCCAUGGCCAGCAAGCGGAAGUCCACCAUCCCCUGUAUGAUUCCCAGCAAGACCAUGCACCUGCGAGAGGAGCUGGAGCAGGAGGCCCCAUCGCUGGCCCGCCUGGCCAGGGAGCAGGGCUUCCUCUCCCGGGGCGCAGGGGGCGGCAGGGGGAGCCCCCUGGUCGAUCAGGGUCUGUCCUCCCGGCCGGAAGGGGGCGACGCGCUCAAAGACGGCGGCGGCACCUACACCUGCAGGCCGUGCAACUUCGAGACCCACGACCUGAACCUGUUCCUGGACCACGUGUACAGCGGACACCCGGACUUCCGCGCCGACCCCAGCUUCCACUGCCUGGACUGCGGCGUGUCGGCGGCCAAGUUCGAGGGCCUGGCGCUGCACAACGCCCGCUCCCACCCCAGCACGCUGAGCACCAUGCUGCAGCUGAGGAGGCGGGAGCGGAGGGUGGUGGUGGAGCAGAGCCUGCUGGCGGGGACGGAGGGCGAGAUCUCCAUCACCAAAACCCCCAUCAUGAGGAUGCUCAGGGGGAAGUCGGAACCCAAGAGGAUCGUGGUGUCCCACUCGUCGAGCUCCGACGAAAUCUCCCAGGAGCCCCUCCAUGUCUCCGCCGGCCGGGACGGGGACAGGAAAGAGGCGCCGGCGGUGGCGGUGACCCACGUGCCCACCAUCGUCCACAACGGCGCGGCCACCAAGGUGUCACUGCCCUCCGCCAUCCAGAUCGUCAACGGUUCCGGAACUCUCCCCAUGCUGAAGACCGCCAUCACGCAGGUGGUGUCGGUGGUGCAGAACCGGAGCCUCCACCAGCAGUCAGCGCCUAUCACCGUGUCCUCUGCUUUCUCCUCCACCUCCACCUCAGCCUCCUCCAAGAACAUGCCCAAGGUGAUGAUCCCUCUGAGCAGCAUCCCUACCUACAGCGCCUCCAUGGACUCCUCCUCCUUCCUGAAAACCUCCUUCAGCAAGUUCCCCUACCCCACCAAGGCGGAGCUCUGCUACCUGACGGUGGUCACCAAGUUCCCCGAGGAGCAGAUCAAGAUCUGGUUCACGGCCCAGAGACUCAAGCAGGGCAUCAGCUGGUCCCCCGAGGAGAUCGAGGAGGCCCGCAGGAAGAUGUUCAACACCAUCAUCCAGACGGCCCCCCCCAGCUCCCAGCAGCAGCAGCGCCACAACCUGUCCCAGAGCCACUCCAGCCAGUCCCAGCACACCAUCACGGUCCUCCCCGCCUCGCUGGGCCCCACGGGAAUCCCGCACAUCCUCCAGGGCUCCCUGGUCAGCCAGGGCGGCGUCAUCGUCACGCAGCCCAUGAUGGCCAACGGCAUCCAGGUCAGCAGCGCUCCCAUGGCCCUCGCCGUGACCCCCAAGCCGCAGGCCGCUGCCCGGCCCAUGAUGCAGGCCCGACCUGCCGCCGCCCUAGUGGCUGACAAGGGGAUCAGCAUGGUGGUGGGCUCCGUGGGGAGCAGCAGCAGUGGAAGCCACGUCGUUAGCAGCAGCGGUAGCAGUAACGGCGGAAGCAGCACAAGCAGUAUUAUCAGCAGUAGCAGUAGCAUUCACAGCAAUAGCAGCAGCAGUAGUAUGAGCAGUCACGCAAGUGUGAUCAACCUUAGUAUUGGAAACAGUAACUACAAUAAUACCAAUGGUAAAAUCAACAAUGCUAAAAUCAUUAAUAUCAACGCUUACCUAAAUGGCAAGAGCAACAUGGGUGCUGCUAGCAAUGUUUUUUCCGCUAAAAGCAACGCUGAUGCUAAGAACAGCGAGGGCAGGAGGAGCAAUAACAACAGCAGUGGCGUGAAGAGUAAUAGCGAUAGCAGAGUUAGCAUUGGCAUAAGCAGCCCGGACAGGAAAGCUAACAUCACCAGUAAAGACAACAACAAUCAGAAGAGCAAAGAUGCUAACAGCGCUAGCAACAAGAGCAUUAGCCUUAGCAGCACCACCACAACAACAAGUGCCACCACAACCAUGGCUACACCCACAGCUGUGACCACCAACUCCACGGCUAACACCGCCAUGGUUAAAACUGAGGGCUCAUCUUCCCCCGCCACCAAGUCUUCCUCCCCCGCACCGGCGACCACCCCCAACUCCAGCGGAACCCCCAGCUCCAGAACACUUCCUAACACCUUCCUGGACCCCAGCUUCUACAAGAGCAAGAAGUCUCAGGAGCAACUGAGCGCACUCAAAGAGAGCUUCCUGACCAAUCAGUUCCCCAACCAGGAGGAGGUCGACCGCCUCAUAGCCCUGACAGGCCUUACCGUCCGCGAGGUUCGCAAGUGGUUCAGCGACCGCCGCUACCAUUUCCGUAACCUCAAAGGCUCGCGGUCAAGCACGGUCGGCCAGGGGAGCGGCAAGUCUGCGGCUGGCUCUACGCCCGGCUCUACGCCCGGCUACGGCGCCACCCCCAUGGACCUAUCAGACGGUGCCACCCGCACCGACACCCCUAAACCCCCCCUGCAGGGCUCAGCGCCCCUCAGCCCCCCUCCCUCACAGACCCCCACGUCCCCCACCACACCCUCUCGCCGGCCCCCCAGACCCCCAUCCCCAGACUUCACAGCCAUCCGCUACAAAGAGAGGGACCCCCAACAGGUGAAGGCGCUAGAGGCCAGCUUCUCCCAGGACUCAGACCCCCCCGGAGAGGAAGUGGACCGGUUACGGGCCGAGACCAAGAUGACCCGACGGGAGAUCCACGGCUGGUUCGCCGAGAGGAGGAAGAGAGUGGCCGCGGAGAAGAAGAAGGAGGAGCUGGAGAGGGCGGAGCGAGAGGAGGAGGACAUGGCCGAGGAGGCGGCGGCGGCGGGGGGAGAGGAGGGAAAGAGGGGCGACAGCGUCAAGAAAGAGGAGGAUACGGAAGAAGGGAGGGAUGAAAGGCAGAAGGAGGACGGCACGGGCUCCGAGCUCAAAGUCAACCCCAUCAAGAUCAACCUGAAGAUGCUGAAAGUGACCGAGGCCAACGGGAAGGCAGAGAACGAGGCGGGCCAGACAACCGGCCAAUCCGACAGCUCCGCCAUGCCACCGCCCUCCACCUCCAACCCCACCCCGUCACCCUCCCCUGUCCCGUCCUCAACGCUCACCCCCAAACCAGUCCCCUCCCAGUCCCCGAAACCUUCCUCCUCCCCCAAGCCCUCUCCGAUCCGGGGCAAGAAGAACGCAGAGCAGCUCCACCUCCUUAAACAGGUUUACGCCCGCACGCAGUGGCCCAGCAGCACCCAGUACGACGAGCUGAUCUCGGGCACCGGCCUGCCCCGCCCCGAGGUGGUGCGCUGGUUCGGGGACUGCCGUUACGUGCAGAAGAAUGGCCAGCUCAAGUGGCUGGAGGCCUACCAGACCAUGGCCCUGGAGGAAGACCUCCAGAGGGGGGACAUCCAGAUGCUCCGAGCCCACCUGGAGGCUCACGGCAGCCUGGAGGAAGGACAGGUGUUGGAGCUGGCCCAGGCUAGCGGCCUCACAGAGGAACUGGUCCAACGCUGGUUCUCCACCCAGACCUCCACCCCACCAGCACCCUCCUCGUGCCAGCCCGCCACAGCCCUCCCGCCCCCUCAGACCGCCACCAUUCCCAGCCAGACUCCUCCACCACCCCUCUCCUCCCAGCCCGCCCUGUCACCACCACCACCGCCCCCACCCCCACUCGCUGCCCAGACCCCGCCGCCACCCCAAGCCGAGGGGGGUGGAGGGGAGGGGACGGAAGCACAGACACCGGAGGCGGGGCCUCCGUCUGUGGUGACGGGGGGGUCGGCGUCACUACCUGAACCAGAGCAGGGGGGCGGGAAGGAGCUGAGAGUGGAGCCGUCUGUGUGCGGGAGCACGGACCAGGAUGAGGAGGAGAAGCCUGUCAAGACUGUCCAACCUGCUGAAGGAGCCGAGUAGGGGACCUUUGUGGAAGAAGAGGAGGAGAGUGAGAAAGGGACGACCCGGAGGGACGGCGCUACGCCGGUGGUCUUCAGAAGGGAGUGUGUGUGUGUGUGUGUGUGAGCGAGACAGCAUAUGUGAUUGUAAUGGGAUCACUGGAAAUGGACCCUGAUCCACCCCCCCCCCCCCCCCCGUUCCCGAAGCAUGCUUCCCUCUCUCCCACUGACCCCAUCACACACACACACCCUGGAGCUGGAGGUGGGCUCCCAUCUCCCUCCCAAAAAACGCAAGGACGGACUCUGAACCCCCUUCCCUCUGGUUCUCUCACACACUCCCCCCCCCCCCCUUCCCCUGCCCUCCUACCUCCUCCAUCCUGCCUUCCGCCAUUUUCUCCUUCCAACGACAGUAGAGACUCAUGGUUAGGAUUCCCUGAGGAGGGUUUUUUUCUUCACUUCUUCUUCCGUGCCUGUUCGCUUGCCUGCCCUUGGAAGGACAGAAGGGGACGGGGAGGGAGGGGGGGGGGGGGAGACGUGUGCUGGGGAUUCAGACCCCAGAUGAGUCGGGAGGAGAGAGGAAGGGGUUAUUCAAAUCCUGACUGGACGGAUAUCGACCAAGCCAAUUCUCAAGAGGGGACCGGUCGUGCGUGUACAAAGAGACGGCGCUCCGAAGAGGUUUGGUACGAAAUAUGAACUGCACAGCUCUUUGUAAGUGUUGUCCGUUUAGUUUUUUUUUUGUAAAGGGAGACACACAGUGUUGGAAGGGGGGGGGGGCCUGAGGACAGCCAUGUCUGUGUUUUAGCAUCAAGUGCUUCUGUACGUCAUCGACGUCUAGCUGUUUCUUUCUUAAAAACGUAAUAAAUCCUGACUGUACAAGGAAUAUGAAAACUGUUUUACCAAGAUUUCCAACAUACCUAGGACUGUUGUAUCAUUUUUACAGAUGUUAUUUGCAGAAUAAAUAAAAUGUAACAAACA